AUGGCACCAACCGCGUUGACCUCGAGCUACCUGUUCAGUGCGACUGUCAAUCUCAGCACGCCCCUCAAAGCCAUCUCCCUGCUCGAAGGCGGCGUCCGCGUUGUUGAGCCUAUUACCGGCGGCAAGAUCUGGGGCCCGGGCUUCAACGCGACGAUCGAAGGCGGGCUCGCGGCGCCCGUCAUUGUCUCCAACAACGAGACCGGGCGGGCGCAGCUGGCGUACAUCUGGGCGUACGGCCACGCGGACGACGGAGAGCCGUUCUUUAUUGAGGAGUCGGGCAUUGGCACGGGGGGCACGCAGAACACCCGCUUGAUCGUCCAGGUUGGGGGGAAGUAUCGCGCCUUGCAGACCAUGUACAUCCUGGGUCAACCGACGGUGAACGAGGCGAGGACCGUUGCGGAGGUGGAGUGUUUUGGGGUUCCAUUGCCUUGA